AUGAGGCACCUGACGGUCGGCGCCGAGCAGUGGGUCCCUUGGUUGAGGAUUGAAGAAAACGGAGACGACGGGGGACUCGUCUAUUCUGGAAUCAUGUAUAACAUCCUUAUUGCUUUGUCUAGAGCUAUGAACUUCACGUAUGAGCUGCGGCGCCCCGUGGAUGGCCUGUGGGGCGUGGGAUACCCGAAUGGCUCUUGGGUGGGCAUGCUCGGGAUGGUCAAGAGAGGCGAAGUUGAUUUUGCUCUGGGCCCUUUUGCCUUCAACUGGGAGCGGUACCACUUUGCGUGUGAGUUCACGCAGCCCAUCUUCAUUGACUACGAGAGCGUGUUCAUGCGCAGACCGCGAGUGGAGACCGACCUCUUCGCCUUUGUCAGGCCGUUCACGUGGCAGGUAUGGCUGUGUCUUAUCGGCGUGAUCCCUCUCACCUGGUUUAUCCUUGUCCUCUUCCUCUACCUGAGUCCGGAUAACACGAUGGCUAUGCAGGAGGACAAGGCAAAGAGGACACGCAGGAAUAGUAAGUGUCUCGUGAGUGUGGUUCCUGUAAGUGAUUCGAGCUGUCACGUAAAUGUGGUUCCUGUAAGUGAUUCGAGCUGUCACGUAAAUGUGGUUCCUGUAAGUGAUUCGUGCUGUCAAGAACCAGAGUGUCUUGUAAGUGUGGUUCUUGUAAGGGAUUCGAGCUCUCACGAACCAGACAGUGACAGUCGCCGAGUCAUGGCAGCUACGUGGCUCCUGGCAACUUUAAUUCUCCUUUCUCUUUUCUCUGGCACGCUCAUCGCCAUGCUCACGGUCCCUCUGGUCCGCCUUCCUAUAGACAGCACGGAGGAUCUGGUCAACCAAGACGACAUUCCUUGGGCGAUCGAAUCCGGCUCCUUCCUGUAUCAGAUCCUCUAUCAAGCGACGGGGGGAAUCUACAAGGCCUUGUGGGACGGACACUCAGAGAGAAUCACGGACUGCUACAGCUUCCGGGAGGAUAUCAAGGGAGGCAAAUAUGCUGCUGUUUGCGACAAGAUGACGAUGAAGAAGGUGAUGUCCGAAGAUUACAGCGCGAGCGGGGAAUGCAAUUACUACAUGGCUCGGGAGGAUUUCAAGUCCAUGCCUCUCGCCCUGGGGUUCCAGCAUAACCACUCGCUUUACGCUGAAGCUAACGAGCAAAUUCUCCGUAUGCUCAACAUGGGGCUGAUUGACCAGUGGAUAGACCAGCAAAUCCCCAACGGAACGGCCUGCACGGGACCUCCUGGCUCGGGCACGGCGGGAAGGAAGCGCCCUCUCUCUCUCCAGGACUACUAUGGGGUAUUCACUCUCUUCGGCGUGGGUGAGGGGCCCGUGUGA